UUGUGUCCCUGACCCUGUGGUUUACAUAAACCUCGACCAUUUCUAGUCUAGAUUCUGACAACAUGAAGACUCUUUUGAUUUUGUUUGUAUUAAUACAUUUGGACAAACUCCUGCGGACAGGACGCUGCACAGAAACGCAGGACCAAAUUUUAUCGAUCACCCCGAAAACACAGGAACAAGUGCACAUCCUGAAGAAUAUUUCUUCUCAAUAUGAGACAUCCUUAUGGCAGCCCGUGUCGUCUCACUACAUCAAAGAAGAAACAGAGGUCCAUCUGUUUGUUCCUGCAAACAGCUCAGACACCGUCAAGGAUCUUCUGCAGAAAGGGGCCAUAAUACACGAGGUGUUGCUGUCCAACGCCAAUGAGCUCAUUGAAAUGCAAACGAGGAACGACUCCACUGACCCCCGAAGCAGCUCAACUUUCUACGAGAGAUAUCACAGUCUUGAGGAUAUCUUUUAUUGGAUAAACAGGACCCAACAGGACAACCCAACCACAGUUAGAGCCAUUCUCCUCGGCUCCUCAUACGAGAAGCGACCGCUCUACGCUCUGAAGUUGUCUCUAAAUAACAGCCUGAAUAAGAAAGCAAUGUGGAUUGACUGUGGGAUCCAUGCCAGAGAGUGGAUCUCUCCGGCUUUCUGCUUAUGGUUUGUACAAUAUGCGUUGGCAUUUUACAAGAUAAACCAAGACAUUACUGACAUCCUUGACAACAUGGAUGUCUACAUCCUGCCUGUUAUGAACCCUGACGGAUACGAAUACACAUGGACCACAAACAGGAUGUGGAGGAAAAACCGCUCCGUCAGCAGGAGCAGCAACUGCAUUGGGGUCGACCUCAACCGAAACUUUGAUGCCAACUGGUGCACGGAGGGGGCCUCUGAUGAGCCCUGCUCCGAGAUCUACUGCGGUGCGUAUCCCGAGUCGGAGGCAGAGUCGCGGGCCGUGGCCGACUUCCUGCGCAGUCACAAGGACUCAGUGCAGCUCUACCUCAGCAUCCACUCCUACUCUCAGAUGCUGCUCUUCCCGUACUCCUGCACCCUGGAAGAAGCGGAGAACCACAAAGACCUGCUUGAGAUGGUUCAAGAAGCUGCCCAGGUAAUCAGAAGACAUUACAGGAACACCUACAAAUAUGGAUCUGGAGCAAAGACAAUAUACUUGGCUCCUGGCGGUUCUGAUGAUUGGGCUUACAAACUCGGCAUCAAAUACUCCUUCACAUUUGAGCUCCAGGACCGCGGGCGAUAUGGCUUCCUCCUGCCACCAUCUCACAUUUCAAAGGCCUGCAACGAAGCUCUGAUUGCCGUGAAGACCAUUGCUCUCAAGGUUAUUAAGAAAACGCAAACUUCAAAAAGUUCCGUUCAAACUGACUAAGCAGUUACAAUUUCAGUUCAAUGUUUAAAGUCAUUUUUGUGAAUAUUAGAACAUGAGGCAGUAGAAUUGUUUUGGAGUAAACUGAUUAUAGUUUCAGAUGAAGUUCAUUGACUGCUUUUACUCUUAUCAGUAUUAAAGUAAUAGCCAUACUGAAUAUGUGUGUGGUCUUAUAUGCUUUCAUCUAAACAAUGAGAUCCCAUGUACAAUGUAAUGCAAUCUAAUAAUAAUUAGUCAGGUAAAUAAUAAAAAACUAUAGUCUAU